AAAAUAAAUAAAAACAAAGCCCACCCGACUUAGACUAACAGAUUACCCAAAAUUCCAUAAUCCAAAACAACGGCUAAACUCUCUAGAGCACUGAGAAUCCAAUUCUUUUUCCAAUGAAUGUUCCUCACUAGCAUCAUCAAAGCCUCACAUUCUCCGAUCACUAUCUCUACAGUAAACGAUGUCGUCUCGUAAGCUUCUCUCUGCUCUCCUCCGCUCCUCCCUCCGUCGCUCCUCCAGACCGUCGCUCUCCCACCACUCGAAAUCUCCUCUCGCUCGCCCUCUCCCCUCCCUCCUCUCACGCGCCACUCACUUCUCCACCUCCGCAUCCGCGGCGCCAUCGUCUUCUCCACCGAAGCCUGCUUCUUCCACUACCACCGUUGGGUCUGGUGGGAAGAUCGUUGAUGAAUUCACUGGAAAAGGUGCAAUCGGUCAAGUGUGUCAGGUGAUUGGGGCCGUCGUGGAUGUGCGCUUCGAUGAAGGCUUGCCUCCGAUAUUGACGGCGCUAGAAGUGAUGGACAAUUCGAUCCGGUUGGUAUUGGAAGUAGCUCAGCAUUUGGGUGAGAAUAUGGUGAGAACUAUUGCUAUGGAUGGGACUGAAGGGCUUGUGAGAGGACAAAGGGUUUUAAAUACUGGCUCUCCUAUCACCGUGCCUGUUGGUAGGGCUACCCUUGGACGCAUCAUGAAUGUUAUUGGAGAGCCCAUUGAUGAGAAGGGUGACAUCAAAACUGAGCACUUUCUGCCCAUUCAUAGAGAAGCUCCAGCUUUUGUUGAACAGGCAACUGAGCAACAGAUUCUUGUUACAGGAAUCAAGGUUGUAGAUCUCCUUGCACCUUACCAAAGAGGUGGUAAAAUUGGGCUCUUUGGUGGUGCUGGUGUAGGAAAGACGGUGCUAAUUAUGGAACUUAUCAACAAUGUUGCUAAGGCUCAUGGUGGUUUCUCUGUGUUUGCUGGUGUGGGUGAACGUACUCGAGAGGGUAACGACUUGUACAGGGAAAUGAUUGAAAGUGGUGUCAUUAAGCUUGGAGAUAAGCAGAGUGACAGCAAAUGUGCUCUUGUGUAUGGUCAAAUGAAUGAGCCUCCUGGUGCACGUGCUCGUGUUGGGCUUACAGGAUUGACUGUGGCUGAGCAUUUCAGAGACGCUGAAGGACAAGAUGUGCUUCUCUUCAUUGAUAACAUUUUCCGCUUCACCCAAGCUAACUCAGAGGUGUCUGCUUUGCUUGGCCGUAUCCCUUCUGCUGUUGGCUACCAACCUACCUUGGCGACAGAUCUUGGAGGCCUCCAAGAGCGUAUUACCACAACCAAGAAGGGUUCAAUUACAUCUGUGCAGGCUAUUUAUGUGCCUGCUGAUGACUUGACAGAUCCCGCACCCGCAACCACUUUUGCCCAUCUUGAUGCCACGACAGUGCUGUCCCGUCAAAUUUCUGAGCUUGGUAUUUAUCCUGCUGUUGAUCCCUUGGAUUCUACUUCUCGCAUGCUGUCUCCUCAUAUCUUGGGAGAAGAACACUACAAUACUGCUCGUGGUGUCCAGAAAGUCCUCCAAAACUAUAAGAAUCUACAAGAUAUUAUUGCUAUUUUGGGGAUGGAUGAGCUUAGUGAAGAUGACAAAUUGACUGUUGCUCGUGCCCGCAAAAUUCAAAGAUUCUUGAGCCAGCCUUUCCAUGUUGCAGAAGUAUUUACUGGAGCCCCUGGAAAAUAUGUUGAAUUGAAGGAAAGCAUCACUAGUUUCCAGGGAGUCUUAGAUGGGAAAUACGACGAUCUUCCCGAGCAGUCAUUUUACAUGGUCGGUGGCAUUGAAGAAGUCAUUGCCAAGGCAGAGAAGAUUGCCAAGGAUUCUGCUGCUUAGUUAUAUUUGUUCUGCUAAGGCUUUGCAGAAUUAAUUAAUAAUGUAGUUGGGUUGGCAUAUUAUUUUGAGAUGAAAAAAUCUCUGAUUUUGUCAAUUUAAGCUUGUUGAAACUUCUUGUAGGUUAAACUCAGGCAGAUAAAUGAGUGGCAUGGCAUACUCUUUUUAAAAUCAUGCCCUUUUUUUGCAAUAAAAAACAGACUCACAUGUAUUUAUUUUC